AUGGCUUGGUAUAGUGCCUUAUUCCCGUGCAUGCCGUGGUUUAAGAACCCCCUAAGGCGUAAUAGCACCAAUCGGAAUGAACGGAGUGCAGAUGACCUUACUUCGUUGACCGAUAAGAUGCCUAAUCUUGGAGAAAAGGCAAAAUACGUCGAUGGAAAGAGUUUCAUGGCACAAGCUGUCUUGCAAAAUAAGCCGGUGGAUGACCGAAAGCAUUGCGGCUUCGGGGGCUCUGAUUUGCACAGCACUUCAGCGACUAAACCCACUGGGAUUUGUUCCGAUAGUAUUUCAGAUCAAAGUACCAGUGUCGGAGAAACCAAUCACGAGGCCCUGAGAGAGCCUGAGCUCUUUGCUGUUCGCUCUUCAUACAUCGACGAAUCAACUGGUAGAUGGAUGGCUAGCCUCUACUAUGAGCUCUCACUAAGCCUUGAUGACCUCGAGAUUAAAGGUUAUGAAUCUCAUAUCUCGGAGUCGAAGAAUGAUUCUAUCGAGGCUAUCUUUCACUAUAAGGGAGACAGUUUCUGGAUAUCUGUUCCUUAUUCCUAUGCCAUAUCUCGAAGAAUUUCAAGCGGUCUUGACUAA